AGGAACUAACAAGUCUGUCGUUCACUGCUCACUUUGUCUUGGCGACAUCUUCGAAGUUCAACAAAACAAAACAGUUGUUUACCUCCUUCGUUAUCUCCGCCUCUGCCGUCAAAUCCUAUAAAAUUAUUCAUAUCUUCUUCAUUUCUCGCUUCUUCAUACCCUAACCGGUAAAAAUUUCCGUCACCUCUCGCCAUGUCGCAAUCUCUUCAACUUUUCACUCCCUCCUCCAACAUUACCCUCCUUAAACCCAACUACAAUCACGCUAUUUUAACCGCCUCCUCCCGUCGCUUACAAGUCACCACCACCACCACCACCACUAAACAACUCUCUGUUGCAAUUAGAGCGUCAGCGUCAUCGUCUUCGGAUCCGAAGGUUUUACUAACUCACAAUGGAACGCCCGAGGCUGGGCCACACGUGGCGAAAUCACAACUGAUUUCUUCUGAUUCCUCAUCGAUCGAUGUGGAUGCUGUGACGGAAGUGGAGUUGAAGGAGAACGGUUUCAGGAGCACAAGGCGGACGAAACUGGUGUGCACGAUCGGGCCGGCCUCCUGCGGGUCUGAGCAGCUGGAGACCUUGGCGGGUGGGGGGAUGAACGUGGCGAGAAUCAACAUGUGCCACGGCACGCGCGAGUGGCACAAGCAAGUGAUCGAACGCGUUAGGAGGUUGAAUGAAGAGAAAGGUUAUGCCGUGGCGAUUAUGAUGGACACUGAAGGUAGUGAGAUUCACAUGGGUGAUCUUGGCGGCGCUCCUUCCGCUAAAGCUGAGGAUGGCGAGAUCUGGACUUUUAGUGUUAGAGCUUUUGAUGCACCUCGCCCUGAACGCACUAUUAAUGUCAAUUAUGACGGGUUUGCUGAGGAUGUGAGGGUUGGGGAUGAACUACUUGUGGAUGGUGGAAUGGUGAGGUUUGAUGUGAUCGAGAAGAUUGGUCCAGAUGUCAAAUGCCGUUGCACCGAUCCUGGACUGAUGCUACCACGAGCUAAUUUAACAUUCUGGAGGGAUGGGAGUCUUGUGCGAGAGCGUAAUGCAAUGCUUCCCACAAUUUCUUCUAAGGAUUGGUUGGACAUUGAUUUUGGAAUUGCUGAGGGUGUUGACUUCAUUGCCAUUUCAUUUGUCAAGUCAGCUGAAGUGAUUAAUCAUCUUAAGAGCUAUGUUGCUGCCCGAUCUCGUGAUAGUGAUAUUGCUGUAAUUGCAAAGAUUGAGAGUAUUGAUUCACUGAAGAACUUGGAAGAGAUCAUUCAAGCAUCUGAUGGAGCUAUGGUUGCAAGAGGAGAUCUGGGUGCCCAGAUACCAUUGGAACAGGUUCCAUCGGCACAGCAAAGGAUUGUUCAGGUGUGCAGGCAGCUGAAUAAGCCAGUUAUUGUUGCCUCUCAGUUACUUGAAUCUAUGAUUGAGUACCCAACACCAACCAGAGCUGAAGUAGCUGAUGUUUCUGAAGCAGUUCGGCAGAGGGCAGAUGCUCUGAUGCUCUCUGGUGAGUCAGCUAUGGGCCAGUUCCCAGAUAAGGCGUUGACUGUUCUUAGAAGUGUCAGUCUCAGAAUUGAGAAGUGGUGGAGGGAAGAGAAACGUCAUGAAGCUAUGGAACUCCCAGAUAUUGGAUCCUCAUUUGCAGACAGUAUUUCAGAAGAAAUUUGUAUUUCUGCUGCCAAGAUGGCCAAUAAUCUGGAGGUAGAUGCAAUUUUUGUAUACACAAAGACAGGCCACAUGGCAUCUCUUUUGUCACGUUGCCGACCCGACUGCCCGAUCUUUGCAUUUACAACCACAACAUCUGUGCGAAGGCGCCUGAACCUACAAUGGGGUUUGAUACCAUUCCGCUUGAGCUUCUCUGAUGAUAUGGAAUACAACCUGAAUAAAACUUUCUCUUUGCUCAAGGCCAGGGGUAUGAUCAAAUCAGGUGAUCUUGUCAUUGCGGUUUCAGACAUGUUGCAGUCAAUCCAAGUUAUGAAUGUUCCUUAAAUCUAACUUCUAUUGAGAUCGAAAGUGUUCCUUCAAUGCUGCUCCUAGAUUAGUCAAUCAAUUUGACUAUUGUAUCCACUCCUUGUUCAAUACCUUGGUUAUUGGUUGAGAGAAUUAUUGCCGUAGAGGCUACACAGCAACUGGAUUUGCGGUGAGGUUGUGCAGUCCAUUCCAUAAUUUCUGGAGUUACUUGAGGUAACGAAAUCUAUAUCCUCUUUUUUUUAUUUUGAUUAGGGUGAGAGUGACAUGUGCAAAAUGUACCUCAUAAAAUUACAGCUGUAAUUUUUUUUUUUUUUAAAUUUUGGUAAGACUGUGGUAUUUUUAUGUUCACUUAAAU